AUGUUUGUAGGAAAGUCCAACCUUAUGGAUGCCAUCAGCUUCGUGUUGGCAGAGAAGACAAGUAACCUGCGUGUGAAGACUCUGAAGGAUCUAAUCCAUGGAGCGCCUGUAGGGAAGCCAGCUGCCAACAGAGCCUUUGUCAGUAUGGUGUACCAGGAAGAUAAUGGAGAAGAACGUGCCUUCACAAGAGUCAUUAUUGGUUCUUCCUCUGAGUAUCGCAUCAACAAUAAAGUAGUGGGCCUGCCUGAGUACAGUGAAGAACUGGAAAAACUUGGAAUUCUGAUAAAGGCUAGGAACUUCUUGGUCUUUCAGGGAGCUGUUGAGUCUAUUGCUAUGAAGAACCCCAAAGAGCGUACGGCGCUGUUUGAAGAGAUCUCCCGUUCAGGAGAGCUGGCCCAGGAGUAUGACCGGAGGAAGAAGGAGAUGGUGAAAGCAGAGGAGGACACGCAGUUCAACUAUCAUCGCAAGAAAAACAUCGCCGCAGAGCGCAAAGAGGCUAAGCAAGAGAAAGAAGAGGCCAAAAUUAAGCAGAAGAUCCGUGAAAUCGAGGAAAACCAGAAACGCAUUGAAAAACUGGAGGAUUAUAUUUCCACCAGCAGGCAAUCACUAGAUGAGCAGAAGCGUAUGGAGGAAGAGCUGACUGAGGAAGUGGAGAUGGCCAAAAGGAGGAUCGAUGAGAUCAAUAUGGAGCUUAAUCAGGUGAUGGAGCAGCUUGGAGACGCCAGAAUCGACAGGCAGGAGAACAGUCGCCAGCAACGUAAGGCCGAGAUCAUGGAGAGUAUAAAAAGACUCUAUCCUGGCUCUGUGUAUGGGCGUCUGAUCGACCUGUGUCAGCCCACUCAGAAGAAAUAUCAAAUCGCUGUGACUAAAGUGUUGGGUAAGAACAUGGACGCCAUCAUUGUUGACUCAGAGAAGACUGGCAGAGACUGUAUUCAGUACAUAAAGGAGCAGAGAGGAGAGCCGGAGACCUUCCUUCCUCUUGAUUACCUUGAA